GAAUCCGCUCGUCCCGGUCCCGGUCCCUGGUCCCUGGUCCCGGUCCCCGGUCCCCGGUCCCCGGUGCUCCACGGAGCGGGAGCUAACCGGACAGCUAGCCGCUGCAGCCCUGUCCCAGCUGCUUCCUGUGAGAGAGAGAACGUCCAACAUGAGCGUGGAGCCGGACGCGCUGGCUGUGGUCCACCAGCUGAGGGACCUGGCUGCCGACCCCCUGAACCGCAGGGCCAUCGUCCAGGACCAGGGCUGCCUGCCGGGACUCAUCCUCUUCCUGGACCACCCCAACCCUCAGGUGGUCUACGCCGCCCUGCUGGCGGUGCGUUACCUGGCAGAAUGUCGAGCCAACCGGGAGAAGCUGGCGGGCGAGUUGGGGAUGAUGCUGAGCCUCCAGGCGGUCGUACAGAAAUCCACCACUCCCGGGGAGACCAAGCUGUUGGCGUCUGAGAUCUACGAGCUCCUGCAGGCGACCUGCGACGCCGACUCUGAGCCGGACCGGGACGCCGUCAGCAGCCGCCGCAAAGCCCAGUUCUUCCUGGGCUGCAGCAACAAGAGAGCCAAGACGGUCGUCCUCCACAUCGACGGGCUGGACGACUGGAGUCGGAGGAGUCAGUGUGAGGAGGUGCUGCUGAAGAUCAGAGGCGUGAUCAGCUUCACCUUCCAGAUGGCGGUGAGGAGGUGCGUGGUCCGGGUCCGGGCCGACCUGAAGGCCGAGACUCUGGCGUCUGCCAUCGCCUCCACUCAGGUGAUGAGUGCUCAGCAGGUGGUGAAAGGAGAAGAUGGAGACGAGGUGUUGAUUUCAUUCGUGGGAAACGGUUCGGCGGAGCCGGAGCAGAACCUGGACUUGCCCGACUACCUGCCAGAGGAGGAGAGUCCCUCCCAGGAACCGGACAAGGCGGUGACCCGGGUGGGGUCCAACCAGGACGGGGCCAGCUGGCUCGGGGCCGCCACCAACUUCCUGUCCCGCUCCUUCUACUGGUGACCUCCCAUUCCACCAGCUGCCUCCUCUCGGGACCGAAACCUCCCAGCUGCCGAAUCCCAGCGCUGUCGGUGUGAGACAAAAACUGAGAACUAAAACCAGAUCCGUCACGAUGAAAACUUACCGGUGUCGCAGUCGAGAGGAAACCAUCUCCAUCAACCCCAUCGUGGUGUGAAGUUCCUGCUGUGAAGAUCUCUGUAAACUGGUCUCACUAACUAACUGCAGAACUCACUGUCGAACAAACCCAACCAGUUCCUCUGUGGAGUCAUGAGCAGGUCCUCGCUGGCCUCUGACCUUUCUGUUAUUUAUUUGAGAAGAAACUUUCCUUCCUGCAGUUUGAGGUCAGAUGAUCCUUCACCUCCUGUGAGCUAACUGCUGUUUUCUCUCAUCUGUCCAUCUGUCUGGAGAAGAGUCCAGAAGUCACAUGAUCAGGAGACAGGAAGUCAAACUUAAGAAUUCCUGCGCCUGUAACAGAAACUCCUCUGUCUCUGGAUGUUCCUGCGUUCAUGUGAUGACAGAGUGCUGCUUUUCUUUCUUUCUGAAUUUUGAAUGCCUUUUAAACUCAACUUUUAUUUUCUCACUUCCUGUGGACCAGGCGAUGAACUCUGAAGUGUUUUGCGGAGCCGUUUUACUGAAGUUUUAUUUGAGGUUGAUGUUUUUACGUAGACUAGAAAUCUGUGUUUUUCUCACUGGUCCAUGUUACACAGGAUUCAUCCCCAUUCACACCUGACGUUAUUCACCUGGGUAAUCAGAUUACACUGUCUGAUCACAUGACACUGCAGGUGUAGAUCCACCUCAGUGAAGCCAGAUGUGUUUGGACUCAUUGAGCCUCAUGUUAGAAGCGUUCAUACAAACAGGUUUGUUGUUGAAUGGUGUGUUUGAGUGAUUGAGGAGAAGUUGCAUCACUGACCUGUUUUCUAACAGGUAUGAACAGAAUUUGAGUUUUCCAGACUCGAGUACGGACGCCCGACGGUUCGGUCACAGUGUCUAGGUCGUGCACCUUUUUUAUUUAUUUUUAUUUAUUUAAACUACAUGUCUGAUCAGGGAAAACAUCUCAGACGGAAAACAGAACAACUGUCCGAUUUCUGUCGGCUCAGCGUUUGCAUGUGAGAUAUUUUAGCUUCAUUUCUGGAGAGCGGGUCAGGGUUUGUGGAGACAUGCUGUCGUCCAUCUUUAUGAAAGUUCAGCGUGUUUAUCAUCACUCAUUUCUGAAGCUGAAACUGACGAGUCGUACAAACAAAUGUAAGAGGAACUUAAACGAAGAAUAGGAAAAUGUUCUUGCAUGAGGCUCGUGUGACACAGGCAGCAACGAUCUAACGUGUGAACCUGGAACAAUCCAAGCUUUAGAAGUGUGAUUCUCAGUCAUCCAGGUCAAGGUAUUUUCAGGACAUGUGAAUAUCACCAAGUUUAAAUUAUCCAGUUGAACAACGAGAUCAUAAACUGAGAUUAAAGAGAGAUGAAGCUUCAGCAUCAAACACAAACUUUAAUCUUGUGUGAAUAAUUUCCUUCAAAGUUUACAGACUCUGUUUAACUGACAGUGGAAGUGAAUCACAUGGUGAAAAUAAAAAGUUACUGAAUUUGA